UACCCGAAGUCGGGUCGAGUCGAAAACGCUAUCAAUUAAUCAUUGCCCAUCCUUGCUUUGCUGGGUAAUUUGUGAAAUGGUGUUGGAAAUCCACCCUACGGAAUUCCUGAAACUAUUAUUGAGAGGAGUUUCAAUGCCGGGUUUUGCACGAUGUGCACCGUUACAGAAUAAACGAUUGAAUUAGAGUUCGUGAUGCAAUAACCUAAUUGUCAACUUUUAGAAAAGUUUUACACCUUUGAUUUCUUGAUUUAGGUCACAUGUAUUUCAUAACAUACACUUAAAGAAUUUCAUAGAUACUUUUCAUUCGUUAUACAAGAGCGAUUGCUUGUCCGGCAACUGAAGAAGGUUGUUACGAAAAAUGAAACAAUUCAUAUACGGCAGAUUCGGUCGUAGCAUUUUACUGGUUCCCAAAACUCCGAAACAUCCAGUAUUACUUAUCAACGCACGGGAGUUAAUGUCUGGGAAAUUCAAUAGACACUAUAGACCGUUAUUGGCAACGCCACAUUUAAAAUAUUACGCAAAUCCACAUCGAGGAUAUGCUAUGGUGGUAGCAAGAAUUUUAAGAGGAGCGUUAAAACUUCGAUAUAUCCUCCUAGGAGGUACAGUUGGUGGUGGUGUUGCUUUGCAAAAGAAAUACAAUGAGUGGAAAGAAGCAAUGCCAGAUCUAGGAUGGCUAGAAAAUGUAAUGCCUACUGAACAACAAUGGCAAAAUUUCCGUGGAUCAUUGAUAGCGAUUAAGGAUAACGUAUCUGACAAAAUCGAAAUUGAUCCACGUAUAAAGGAGUAUGGACUAGCUAAGUAUCAGGAGUACAGGACGUGGUUUGAUCAAAGACUGGAUGAUGCUAUUAAGGCAGCGGAAAAUCGCCAAAGAGAUCUAGAGAAUAAUUCCAUACAGAGUGCAAUUAACACCAUCUUGAUGGUGGCUAAGAAAGCUUAUUCAGAAACAAACAAUCAGUUGCCAAAUAAGGUUGCCUUUGCACGUCCAUUGGCUAGUGAUAAUACCGAAGAGGAACGUAAGAAAGCUCAAUACUCGAGACAUGACACCACAUCGGAAGAUCCGAUGCAAAUGCUACUGAAGUAUCAACGCGAAUUGGAACGAUUAGAAAGAGAGAACAAAGAAUUGCGCAAGCAGAUGCUUCUACGGGGAAAUCAGAAGUUCAACCAGAAGAAGAUCAAGAAAUCUCUGAUCGACAUGUAUAGCGACGUUUUGGAUGAACUCAACGACUAUGACAGUGCCUAUUCCACAGCUGAUCACUUACCCAGAGUAGUAGUUGUCGGCGACCAAAGCUCAGGUAAAACGUCCGUGCUCGAAAUGGUCGUUCAAGCAAGGAUAUUUCCAAGAGGAGCAGGUCAAAUGAUGACGAGGGCACCGGUCAAGGUUACACUGAGUGAAGGGCCGUAUCAUAUAGCACAAUUCAAAGACAGCUCUCGAGAAUUCGACCUCACGAAAGAGUCGGAACUAGCCGAGCUACGACGUGAGGUGGAGCUGCGAAUGAAGAAUAGCGUUAAAGACGGUAAAACAGUCAGCCCAGACGUCAUAUCUAUGACGGUGAAGGGACCGGGCCUUCAACGUAUGGUUCUAGUCGAUCUACCUGGUAUUAUUAGUUCAGUAACCGUUAACAUGGCCGAAGAUACUCGCGAGGCGAUCAAACAAAUGACUCAACAGCAUAUGAGCAAUCCUAAUGCCAUCAUCCUCUGCAUACAAGACGGAUCCGUCGACGCGGAGAGGAGCAACGUGACCGACCUCGUAGCUCAGAUGGAUCCAUCCGGCAAAAGGACGAUCUUUGUCUUGACGAAGGUUGACAUGGCGGAAAAGAAUUUCGCAAAUCCCGAAAGAUUGCGCGAGAUAUUGUCCGGUAAAUUGUUCGCCAUGAAAGCAUUGGGCUACUUCGCCGUUGUGACCGGUCGUGGCGGGCAGGAUGACAGUAUACAAACGAUCAAGGACUACGAAGAGCAGUUCUUUAGGAAUUCAAAACUCUUCAAAGACAAUUUAGCAAUGUCAGGUCAAGUGACUACCAAAAACCUGAGCUUAGCUGUGGCCGAAUGCUUUUGGAAAAUGGUGCGCGAGACAGUGGAGCAACAAGCGGACGCGUUCAAAGCUACGAGGUUUAAUUUAGAAACAGAAUGGAAAAAUAAUUUUCCAAGGUUAAGGGAAUUGGACAGAGACGAACUCUUCGAAAAAGCGCGUGGUGAAAUUUUGGACGAGAUCGUCAACCUGUCGCAAGUGUCACCAAGGCAUUGGGAGGAGGUGCUGAUGACGCGAAAUUGGGAAAAAGUCAGCAAGCAUGUUUUCGACAAUAUCUACUUGCCUGCUGCUCAAAGCGGAAAUCCAAAUACGUUCAAUACCACUGUCGAUAUCAAACUCAGACAGUGGGCGGAGCAGCAACUUCCAGCAUGUAGCGUUGAAAGCGGAUGGGAAAGUCUACAGCAGGAAUUCCAUAACUUCAUGAUGCAGGCUCGACUCAGCCAGGAUCAUGACGAUAUCUUUGACGACCUCAAGAACGCUGUCGUGAACGAGGCAAUGAAGCGUCACUCCUGGGAAGAGAAGGCAUCGGACAUGCUACGCGUUAUUCAACUCAAUACCCUGGAAGACAGAAGUGUGAACGACAAGCGCGAUUGGGAUCAGGCCGUGCGAUUCCUAGAGAAUUCAAUUAAAGAAAAGUUGAACACUAUAGAACAGACUCUGCGCAACAUGCUGGGCCCCAAUCGCAAGGAACGGUGGCUCUAUUGGCAAUACCAGAGUGAAGAGCAGCAGCAUCGUAUGGCCGUAAAGAACGAGUUGAAUAAAAUUCUUUAUGCUGACAAAAAACACCCGCCCAAACUGACGCGCGACGAACUCACGGCCGUCAGGAAGAAUUUACAGCAGAGCGGCUUAGAGGUCGAUAAUGAAUUCAUCCGGGAAACGUGGCAUCCUGUGUACGAGAGGUUUUUCCUGCAACAGAGUUUGGCGAGAGCUUACGAUUGUAGAAAAGGAUACUACUUGUAUCAUACCGGGCAUGAGAACGAGAUGGAAUGCAACGACGUAGUACUGUUCUGGCGAAUCCAGCAAAUGUUGAAAGUCACCGCGAAUGCACUUCGGCAACAAAUCAUGAACAGAGAGGCUCGAAGAUUGGAAAGAGAGAUCAAGGACGUUCUGGAGGAUUACAGUCAGGACAAUAAGAUUAAGAAAGAUUUACUCACCGGUAGACGAGUCAAAUUAGCUGAAGAACUCAAACGAGUUAGACACAUCCAAGAGAAGCUAGAAGAAUUUAUCAAAGCGCUAAACAAAGAGAAAUAAAUGAAUUAAAUUUGGUGCAGACCAGAGCUCUGAUGUUACUUGAGCGAAUGUAAGAUCAUGAGAUAUGGAUCCGUGUGAAUAGGAAUUAAUGUUUCGAAAUAAGGAUACACAUACGUGAGGAAAUAGAUAGCACCUUUCCAUGAUUUGAAUCAUGAUGAAUUUGGAGCGAUCACCGAUUCAAGAGCGUAGGAGAGUAGCGAUGUCAUGGUUUACUGAACACAAUCACAUCGCAUAAGUGACAUGCGCUUAACUUAAGUUUGUGUGAUAUAGGUAACGAACGGAAAUCUCUACAUUCUCUCAUACGAAUGAAUUUUGUAAAUAUGAGGCUAAUAUAUGCAAUCGUAAAGCAAAAAAUUCUUACGUAAAUAUAUUUAGAAUAAUAUCACGAUUAUUUGAUAAAUGCAUUUAUCGCUAUAAAAAUACAGUAGUAAUGCAGUUACAAUGAAUGUUGUGGCUGAAAAUUAAUUUCAUAUUUGUUAAACCCAACAUUCGUAUGAAUGAAGUUGCCAUCGCGACGUGUUACCUUUAAGUAACUUUUAGAAAUUGUAAAGCGAAAAGAAGUAAGAUAUAUAUAAGGCACAAUUCAAAUAAAACCAAGAAUAUCUUCGUG